AUGGCCGCAGCCGUUUCCCUACUACGCAUCGCAGAGACUGCAGCGGAGCAGGACAUCUCAGUCAAUGUCUUCUCACUGGAGUAUUCACUCGCACCCGAGGCCAACUUCCAGACACAGUUGGAUGAGGUAACAGCCGCUUAUAGAUUCUUGGUUGAAGACCAGCACAUCGAUCCAGACCGGAUCAUGGUAUUCGGAGAGUCGGCUGGUGGUCAUCUGGCUUUAUCGCUUGCGUACAAUAUUCGGCGACAAUGUAUGCGACGGCCUGGGAAACUCGUCUUGAUAUCUCCCUGGGUGAACCUUCUAAACUCAGGGGCCACCUUCGCAACUAACAGGCACAAGGACAGCCUCGACAAGAGCGAUCUGGACAGAUGCGUCGGCCGGCUCUUCGGACGACCCAAUGGUAUGCUCAAGUUCGCCGAGUAUCUCAAUUUCGCGUCACCCCUGUCAGCAACGAAGGGCGAGGACGGGGAUUUGCAUUGGUCGCAGGUCUUGCCGCCGACAUGGGUGACAGUCGGUGGAAACGAUGUAUUCCUCUCGGAUGUGUCUGAUUUCGUGGAGAAUGCUAGGGGCGACGGGGUUGAUGUUGACUUUCGAGUAGAGCGUGGGAAACCGCAUGGAUGGUUCGGAUAUCGAGAUGCGGUGCAGGUGAAGGAUUAUUUGGAGGUGUUGCCGACGGAUGAUGCGAGUUUCUUCUUGAAGAGUAGCGAGGAGCUUGCAAUGGUAGUAUUGGGCCAUGUUCGUGAUUAUGCUGAGACCCCUUUAUGA